GUUCGUGUUAAAUUAAGUUUAAAAUUUCUACAUGGAAAUAUUUUCCUUUUUUUACAAUAUUGUAUAUCAAGAUUAGCAACAAGUGAAAAUGGAAGACGCAGAACUUACGCGGUUGGCCAUAGCAGAAAUUGUGCGUGAAAUGGGAGAACUCAAGGAACCCCAAGUGCAAGAGAGAAAAAUAAAUCCGAUCGCAAAGCCCAAUAAGCGCUUCCUUGGACGCACAUUGAACUCUGUGUUAUCGCAUAACAAGCGUGAAAAUGAUCGAACUCAGGAAAACUGUAGAAAGAAGUUGAAGGAACUCGACGAAAGGCGCAAUGAAAGUAAACCAAUGAGGUCCAGUAAUCGCUCUGCCAGUCGUGAACUUGUAUUGAGUACCUCCACAGAAGAGGAUCGUACCAAAUACUUAAAAAAAAGUAGGAAAAGAGAUAAAAAAUCAAAAUCUAAAAAAUAUAAGAAACGGAAAAAAGUCAGAGAUGAAAGUAAAAGACGUAAAUCUAGUAGAUAUGAUAGCAGCGACAGCUGCAGCAGUAGUAGUCGAAGUACAAGUCGUAGUAGAAGUCGCAGUAGAUGUGGUAGAAGUCGUAAAACAUACAAAGAUCUGAAAUCACGUGUGAACGUGAAUGAAGAAGAAGGGGAACAGACGCAUUGUGAGCCUGAUAUGGAUGCUGCCCUACAAUUAGAAGCAGCUUUAAUGAAUAAUAGCUAUAGACAACAUCAAAUACAUCAACUUUUAUAUUAUAGUGCCCUUAUGGCGGGCAACGAAACUCUCGAAAUUGAUACUUUGCAGGAGGAAUUGCAAAUAAGUGACGCGGAUAUCUUGGAACCGCAAGUAGAUAUAAAAUCUAUUUCAAGCGCAGUCUCAAAUUUAGAAGAAAGUGACUCUGAAGCUAGUGAAAUUUUGCAAAUAAGUUUAUCCUCAGCUACGUCUACUAGUAGUAAAGCUCGAAGUAGUAAAAACUUGCGGAGAAAGAAUGUGAAAGAAAAGGAGAGUAAAAAGAAGAGUGAAUUAAGUGACAGUUCCAGUGGAGUUAUCUGGGAACUGGAUUCGGAAAGUUCAAAAGGUUGUACCUACUCAAAAGAAGGACAUCUCAAUGAGAAACAGGAAUCGAAUAAUGAAUGCAUCUGUAUAGGUUCGGAAACUGACACGGAUACAGAUAACGAAACUGAUUCGGAUAAUACGACUAGCGACACAGAAAGCGGAUCGGAAAAUGCGACUAAUGUACCUAACAAUGUUUGUCAUACUGCGACGGAAACUGUUACGCUAUUGAGUUCUUCUGACAGUGAAGUUGAAAUCGUGACUGAUAGCAAUGCCAAUUCCUCUGCACAAGGAAGCACUGGCAUAGACUCGGCAGCAAUAGCGGCGUAUUCAACAGCAAAUUUAUUAAACUCACUAGAAAAUGUUACUGAUACCGAUAGUUUGCCUUCACUAGUAAAAGACACAACAGUUUUUGAUGUGUCUUCCAAGUUGAUUUUAACAUCUCCACAGCAAACCACAACAAAUCCUAUAGGAGAACCGUCCAUAGAAGGAGUAGCUGAAGAAUCAUCACAUGUAACAGAUCUGGGGACAUCCUUUACAAUUUCCACUGAGUGUAUACUGUCAGAUGCCCUAGCUUCAGCCACAGAUGUAAAUGUGUUUACUGCCGAGAGUAAAUCAACAAUAGAAGAUGUCACAAUAUUAUCGGCGGAUAUAGACAAAUUCGCAACGGAAUCUCAACCGCCUACAGAAAGAAUGGGCUUAGAGCACGCGCAAAAGGAAGAAGCGAUUGUGGAAGAAUCAGAGUCUCUGGAAGACUCGGAAUCUCAACCGACUGCAGGAAGAAUAUGCUUAGAGCAUGCGCAAGAGGUAAACACUACGAUUGUGGAAGAAUUAGAGUCGCAGGAAGGCUCAGAAUCUCAACCGACUGCAGGAAGAAUAUGCUUAGAGGGCGCGCAAAAGGAAGAAGCAAUUGUGGAAGAAUCAGAGUCUCUGGAAGACUCGGAAUCUCAACAGACUACAGAAAAAAUAUGCUUAGAGGGCGCGCAAAAGGAAGAAGUAAUUGUGGAAGAAUCAGAGUCACUGGAAGACUCGGAAUUUCAACCGCCUACGGAAAGAAUAUGCUUAGAGCAUGCGCAAAAGGAAGAAGUAAUUGUGGAAGAAUUAGAGUCGCAGGAAGGCUCAGAAUCUCAACAGCCUACAGAGAGAAUAUGGUUAGAGCAAGCGCAAGAGGUAAACACUACGAUUGUGGAAGAAUCAGAGUCUCUGGAAGACUCGGAAAAUCAACAGACUACAGAAAAAAUAUGCUUAGAGCACGCCCAAGAGGUAAACACUACGAUUUUGGAAGAAUUAGAGUCUCGGGAGGAAAUCACCGCAUUCACAGUGACUAAUGAGUCAUCGAAUAGUAAUAUAAUUGCUACAGGCUCUACAUCAUCAUUAGGAAAUGUCACAAUAGCCUCGGUAGAUAUAGGCAAAUUAGCAUUAGAAUCUUUGACCACGACAUACUCAGAAGAAACUAAGCCAACAAAAGGGACUACCCCUGAUGCAGAUCUAUCAGUAUCGGAAUCGAACUGUGGCGAAGUUGUGAUGGAAUCAAUGGGCGUAUCAGUAGCCAAAACUCCCCUGAAUUUAUCAGUCUCACAUAAUUCAGAUUCAUCAUUUAAUUCUCCUUCGAAAACGUCAGCUUCACCACUUCCAACAGAUUUAGAGUCAGAUGCAAUCCAAAAUGAAAAUAAACCCGGAAUCGUUCCAUCUGAGUUGUACGAUAGACAAGUUUCCUCUUUAGAUAAUUUAGCGAAUUCUGCGCCUUCCUGAUUGACCAUCAUUAAGACACAAUUCGUUCUACCUGAAGAAUCAAUGGCAUUGCAGUGUAUUAUAUUUAUGAAUGUAUUUAUGUAUUUAGUAAAAUGGUAUAUUUAAAAAUUAAUCG